UUCACAUACAAUAUGCAUUUAUAAUUUCAUCAAGAUAUGUACAUGUGCAUUUACGGAAGACACAGAAAAUUAUUGUGGAAUAUCCAGAAGUAGUUUUGGGUGAAAUUCAGUUAACUGCCCCGUUUUACAUCCAUACAGAGCAUAAACAUCAUCUUGACAUACAUAAACAUGCAUAUGCUUAUUCACACAAAAAGAGAAACCUUACAUAUGUGAAGUCUGUAAAAAGACGUUUAGUACAAAGGGUGAUUUAAACAAGCAUAUGCUUAUUCACACAGGAGAGAAACCUUACAUUUGUAAAGUAUGUAAGAAAUCAUUUAAUCGAAAAAGUACUUUUAACAUGCAUAUGAGCAUUCACACAGGAGAGAGACCUCAUAAAUGUCAAGUAUGUAAGAUAUCAUUUAAUGGAAAAAGUCAUUUAAACGUUCAUAUGCGUAUUCACACAGGAGAGAGACCUUAUAUAUGUGAAGUAUGUAAGAAGGCAUUUAUUCAAAAGGGUAGUUUAAACAAGCAUAUGCUUAUUCACACGCAAGAGAAACCUUAUCCUUAUAUUUGUGAAGUAUGUAAGAAAUCAUUUAGUGUUAAAAGUUAUUUAAACCUGCAUAUGCUUAUUCACACAGGAGUUAAACCUCAUACGUGUGAAGUAUGUAACAAAUCAUUUAGUGUAAAAAGUAAUUUGAACGUGCAUAUGCGUAUUCACACAGGCGAGAAACCUUUUAUGUGUACAAUGUGUGAGAAAUCAUUUAAUGUAAAAAGUCAUUUAAGCAGGCAUUUGCGCAUUCACACAGGAGAGAAACCUCACAUAUGUGAAGUAUGUAACAAAUCAUUUAAUCGAAAAGGUAAUUUGAAUGCACAUAUGCCUAUUCACACAGGAGAGAAACCUCACAUAUGUGAAGUAUGUAACAAAUCAUUUAAUCAAAAAAGUAGGUUGAAUGUGCAUAUGAGCAUUCACGCAGGGAAGAAACCAGAAGCUUGUAAGAAGUUUAGUGAAAAGGGUAGUUUAAACAAGCAUAUGCUUAUUCACAUUGGAAAGAAAAUUUGAGUGUGAACUACAUAAACAUUCAUUUUCAUAAAGUGGAUUUACAUAUGGAUAUUAACAAAAGAGACAAAUGUUAUGAGUUAUGUGUGUAACAAGUUAUUUAGGGCAAUGAAGAAUUUUAAGAAAUGUAUCUCUUUUAUCUACACAGAAGAGAAAUGUCCUCUCUUUUUGAGCAUAUAUUAAAAACCACUUUGACUUAUCUUUGGAAUAAGUACCUGUUUGUGCAGCUAGGAAACCUUAAGUUCGGAUUUUUCUCAUUGGACAGAAUUUAGGUGUUGCAAAAUUCUUAUAAUUUAGAGAGACAAAUCCAAAUAUCAUAAAGCCUAGGCAGCCUAGUAAAAAUUUACAGUUAGAUGCCCAUUGUUUGUUUGGUGAUUCUGUUUUGUUGCUAAGAUCGGCACCAAGUAGGCACAAUUUCAAGAUGGUCACUACACAAAACCAAAAUAAGAAAUCGAAGAUUUGCACAAACUCUGUGAUCAUGUACACGUCGAUCUAUUUUCACUUAAAAAAUAUCAGAGACUUGCACAAACUA